CAUGUGGCGAGGAAUAACAUCAAAAAUACGCGAGAAGUCAUUUAGCGCAUACUGCACUAGUAAUUUAAUUAAUUUAAAUUAAAUUAUUAAUUAAUUUAGAUUAAAUUAAUUUAAUCACAAAGAAUUACAUAAAUUAAUCGCAAUCGUCUACAAAAUCAAGCAAUUUGAUAAAAAGAGGCUCGUCACCAGAUUCAAGAUGCUGCGCGGUCUCCUGUCCCAAGCAGCGAAGUUUUACUCUAGAACGACGACGACCUCCCAAAUUCGAUUCACGGGCAGCAACGUCCCGUCGAGCUUCGACCUGCACCCAUCAAAUGCCGCCACUCCGACCGAAGUGUACCUGAACGCGUUGAAGUGCGCCACCGACACGAAGCAGGUGCUGGAGCUGAUGCCCGCGCUGGACAAGCGAAAGUCGGACCGCCAAACGUUGACGCUGGCCGCCCUCAAGGGUCUGUUUGAGCUGCACAAGCAGAACCGUACGACGCUGCAGAGGCAGGACGUGCUGCACCAUCCGAGGUUUGCCGAGCUUUGCAAGGCGCUCAAGUACGAGUCACGGGGGUUGGUCAUGAACGACAUUACGGAGAGCUUGAAGAUCCUGACUUACUUUGGGGUGCGGUCGAACAGCGAGAUUAUGACGGUGCUGCUGCAGCUGUUGAGGCAUCAGAUUAACGACGUGACGCUGGACCAUGUGGUGUUUCUGGACUUUAUUCUGAAGAAGAUGGACCAGAGUCCGUUGGUGGAGGCGUUGCAGUUGGCGCUGCCGAUGCUGCUGCAGAUUCAGAUCUCGUACAAGAUGGACCACGAGAAUGUGCAGCAGUUGGUGGAGUUGUUUGGGUUUAUUUCGCAGCAUCGCGUGUCGGACCGGUGCGUGACGAACGUGGUCAGUGCGUUGAUUCUGCACGGGUCGAACUUGAGUGGGCACCAGGCGGCGGACGUGCUGAAGGUGCUGGUUGACUUUAACUCGUUUGAGCCGCUUCACUUGAAGCUGUUGGAGAACGUGUUUGGGGCGUUGAACGGGAAGAUUGAGGAGAUCGGGUUCAAAAUGAUGAACUAUAUCAUGAAGAAGAUCGUUUCGAAGAACCUGGACAAAUACCCGAUGCUGUACAACGAGGAGUUCUUCCAGCGAUGCGCGCAGUUUGUGGUGGAAAGUGACGUUGGACUGCUGAACGCACUUUACUUCCAGAAGAAGCUCAACAAGGUCGCGUACAUUCACGUCCCGUUGCUGGACUACAUCAGCUCGAUGGCCACGAAUUUGUCGAUCGUCCCCACUACGAGCAUUCUCGCAAUCGUCGGGGCCUUCUCGAACGCCAACUAUCGCCCUGCCAACUGGGACCAGGUCAAGGUGGAAAUUGCGAAGCACUCGUCAAUCUCGAACCCGGCCAUCCCGUGGAUUCGCUACAACCUGGAGCUGCUCUCGAUGGACAUCUUCAACGACACGAUUCUGAAGCAACAUCUGGAGCCGGCCGCGCUCGAUAAAAGCAUGGCCCGGAACACGGUCGUAGACUACCUGCAGCUGCUGGAGCUAACGCAAACGCUGCAGCUGCUGCACCCCGGCUACGAUGGUCCGUUGCCCGAUCGGCGAUAUCUGGAGAAAGGCACGGUGCUGCUCUUUCAGGACAACGAUCUGCCGCUGCAGAAACCGCUGGAGUUUGCGUUCGGCGGCGAGGGUAGCGUCCUAACGCAGGUCACCUCCAGCCAUGGCCACGUGCUGGACCACGUGAUCGUGUUUGGGGCCGAUGGACAGGUCGUGCGACAGCCGAUCCAAAGCGAUGACGAUGACCAGCGGGUGCAGGCUCGGCUCGAGGAUCUGCAGCGAGAGGGGAACAAAAUCGUGGUCGUCCUCUGCCUGUCCCGAAGCUACUACGCGCUGAACGUGAACCGACUGCGGGGCCGAUUCGCCAUGUACGUCCGCACCAUUGAAGCCCUCGGCGUUCGGGUGGUGCCCGUUUCGUACCAGUUUUGGUCCAACCUGCCCGAGCACGAGCGGAUUCCGUAUCUGGAGCGGGAGGUGCGAAUUAAGCUGGAAUCGUAGUGGCAUAGUUCGGAUUAGAGCAAUAAACGAGUCAGAAAGGUUACAUUUUAUUGGAUUUUCUUUAUUUCGAUAUCAGUGCUCGUGGCGCAGCUUGUUAGAUAGGUGCCCUGGAGAAAGAAAGCCUUGCGGCCAAAAACCUACACACAUGGAAAACCGCACUCGAGAGCGGCUGGCUCGAUCGAGUUGGUGGCUUUUUCUA